AUGGCGGACGAGGCCAACCCACCCGUGUCUGCGGACACCACCAACACUGCUGAGUUGCCGACGCGUUCUUCAGACGCUGUUGCAGAGCCUGCUGUCGCUGAGGCCAAGCCGGCUGAGGACGGUGUCAUAGCCACCUCAGGUGUCGCCGAAGUUCCCGAAGACGACGCUGCUCAAAAAGACGAUGCCGCGAAGGAAGACGUCACUGCUGACGCGCAGGCAGAGCCAACCACGGCCAGCGACGACGCAGAUGCCGCCCCUGCCUCCGACGCGCGAGCAACGAAUGGCACUCCAGCACCGAAGAAGGCUGCCAACGGCAAGCGCAAAUCAGGCGCAGGUGUCCCCGAGCACAAGAAGAAGACACCGGCUAAGAAGGGAAAGAAGCCGCCCCCGGAGCUGCGUUUGAAUGUCUCGCCUGGUGACAUGUUCAUGGUCGCCAUGCGGGGUUACCAGCCAUGGCCAGUCAUUGUUUGCGAUGAACAAAUGCUCCCAGAGUCGCUGCUUAGCAAACGUCCUGUCAGUGCUAAGCGCAUUGACGGUACAUAUCGCGAAGACUUUCUCGAGGGCGGCAAAAACGCUAAGGAUCGGAGGUACCCGGUCAUGUUCCUGGGCACCAACGAAUUCGCAUGGCAGGUCAACACUGAGCUGUUAUCAUUCGACAUCGAGGAGGUGAAGAAGGACGUGGAGUCCAGCAACCAAGGCAAGAAGAACAAGCAGCUCUGGGAAGCGUAUCAAAUCGCGGCUGAGGGUCACGAUCUGGCACACUUCAAGGAGAUGCUGGCUGCCCACGAAUCUGCGAUGCAAGAAGACGUGGAGCAGAAGGAGCAAAAGAAGAAGGAGAAGGCUGAGAAGUCAGCCAAGCGUAAAAGCACAGCCCCUGACGACUCAGAAGACGUUGAGAUGGGAGAAGCUGGCGACGAUGCUGCCCCUGCAAAGAAGGCGAAGGCCACUAAGAAGCGCAAGAAGGAUGAUCAGAGCGAUGGCGAGAACGAGAAGGCUGUAAAGACUCCCAAGAUCAAGUUGACGACUGGCAAGACACCAAAGGCCGCAUCGGCCGCGAAACCCAAGAAGGAGCCCAAGUCUAAGAAGAAAGCGAGUGAGGAAGCUGCGCCCGAAACACCAGAGGAGGCUCCUAUGACUGAAGAGGAGCGACUAGUGAAGCGCGAGAAGCAAGUUCUCUACCUCCGUCAUCGCUUGCAAAAAGGCUUCCUCUCGCGCGACCAGAAACCAAAAGACGAGGACAUGACGAGCAUGGACGAGUACCUGAAGCAGCUUGAGGCUCACGAGGAUCUGGAGGCCGAUGUCAUAAGGAAGACCAAGGUGCACAAGGUACUGAGGGCAAUUCAGAAGCUUGAAACUAUUCCGAUGGAGGACGAGUACCACUUCAAGCAGCGCUCCAGUGAUCUUCUCUCCAAGUGGACCCCUGCUCUGGCGUCUGAGCCUGAGGCUGUUGCUGCCAACGGCGUCAAGAGCGAAGAUCGGGAGAAGUCUGAGUCUGCCAAAGACGAGGCGCCGUCUGCGGAGAAGACCACAGAGGAAGAUAAGAAGGACGAUGCUAAUACCGAUGCCGCCGUUACCAAGACCGCUGACGAGGAUGGCGAUGUGCAAAUGUCGGAAGCCGACAAAGAGGUCAUCAAGGAUGCGCCUGCAGCGCAAGAAGAGGCUGAAAAGAGCGCAGAAGGCGUCGAGAAGGCGACUGCUGAGCCUGAGACUGCUGCUGCUGCGGCAACGGAUGAUGCGUCCACCUAA